AUGGACGGAUUCGACGAGGACGAGUUUAAGAAAUUCUUCCCAAGCGGCUUCGGGAAACAGACGAAGGAUGCAGACGUUAAAACUCAGAUUGAUCGAACGAAGCGGACGGCGGCGGUCGAGACACCCGGCACGAAGGCAAUAGAGAAACCAGCUAGCCCAUCACAGCAAGCGGCUGGAGACGAAGAUGCAGCUGGAUCGGAUUCAGACUCGGAUUCGGAUUCGGACGAGUCAGACGCCGACGAAUUUCCAGUUUCGCAUAAUCUUGUCUUUAAAACGCAUGAACGAGCCGUGACUACGAUAACACUCGACACAGCCGGAUCGCGCAUGAUAACUGGUUCGACAGAUUGUACUGUCAAAUUCCAUGAUUUUGCAUCCUUGACGCCAUCUACACUGCGUGCAUUUAAAUCUGUGGAGCCAACCGCCAGGAAGAACGCAACCUCUUCAUCCGAAAUACACCCCGUCCAUGUCGCGAAGUUCAACCCUAUCUCUCCCAGCCAAGUGCUCGUUAUAUCGGCCACCCCCCAAGCGAAGAUCCUCAGCCGUGAUGGCGACACGCUGGCCGAGUUUGUGAAAGGAGACAUGUACCUACGCGACAUGAAAAAUACAAAGGGCCAUAUCUCCGAAAUUACCUGCGGGACCUGGAGUCCAUCGAAUUAUAAUCUGUGUGUCACAGCAGGGACGGAUAGCACGUUGCGUAUCUGGGACGUCAAUGAUCCCAGAAGCCAGAAGGAGGUCAUUGUACACAGAUCAAGAGCGGCAGGAUCUGCUGGGAGGAGUAGAAUGACUGCUGUUGCUUGGGCGUUGCCUGCCCAAGGUGGACCAAAUGCACUGGUGGCCAGCGCCCUUGAUGGGAGUCUGGUUAUGUGGGGAGGCGAUGGACCAUAUACACGACCGAGCGCUGAGGUUAAAGAUGCGCAUACGAAGGGUACUUGGACCAGCGGGCUGGAUAUCAGUCCAGAUGGGAGACUGGUAGUUACAAAAGGAGGGGACGACAUGAUCAAACUAUGGGAUACCAGGAAGUUCAAGCAACCGAUAACAACUGUCUCGCAUAUAUCCGGCUCGAAAUUCUACCCUACCUCGAACAUUCAAUUCUCUCCCAGCGGAGCAAACAUCGUCACAGGCUCGGAAUCUGGCCAUCUACACAUCCUGAACCCAGCCACUCUCAAGCCCGAACUAGUUACUCUAGUCACGCCUGACUCGCCUCUUAUCUCCGUUUACUGGCAUGAAAAGCUCAACCAGAUCUUUACCGGGUCUGCGAACGCGGAGACACACUUACUCUAUAACCCAUCACUCUCACACAACGGGGCAAUGGUGAUAAUGUCCAAGGCACCGAAAAGGCGACACGUCGAUGAUGAUCCAAAUUUCACCACGGACAUCUCUCUCGGCUUCUCCGGCGAGGGCAUCGUCAGCGGCAGCGGGAUCUCACAAGCCACUACGUUUGCAGGCAGACAUCCUACAGUUGGACUCACGGCGUCAGGCCGGUCAAGAGACCCUCGCCGUCCUCACAUACCUGCUAAGACGCCAUUCGCCAAAAGCCAGCCCGACGAGAAGCAUAUCAAGGAUAGUAUCCCUCUUAGCUCGAUGAGAGACGAGGAUCCUCGCGAGGCACUGCUCAAGUACGCCGAGGCCGCAGAGAAGGAGCCUAUAUUUACGCAUGCGUGGAAGCACACCCAGCCCAAAACCAUCUAUGCCGAACUAAGCGACGAUGAGGAGGAAACCAAACGGCCAGGCCCAGAGAAGAAGAGGAUAAAACGGGAUUAUUAA